CGGUGCUCCCCGCUCGGACCUGCGGCAGAAGAUAUGAGUUGGUUCCCACUCUUCUCUUUCCACCCGGAGACCAACUAAUUGAGAUAUGUCCGCUCAGGGGCUGCUGAGCAGUGUUUUCUCGUGCUCGCUAAGCCCCAAAAGUAUUUCCAAGCGGAGCCUGAGGCAGACGCGCAGCCUGGACUCGGGCUUGAUGCGUCACUAUGGUACCAAAUCUGAGGAGGCAUCCUUUCAGGGUGACUUCACUUGGAAAAGCCCGUCGGGGUGCAGCGUUUGCUUGAAGCCCGUCCACCUGCAAAGCCUCUCGGAGCUGGAGAGGGUUCGCCUCCAGGACGUGGCCUACAAGCGACUGCUUCGGUGUCAUGACCUGGGCUGUCACAUCACCAUACCCAAAUACGGCCACAAGUACAAGAAGUCUCUCAGGAGGAAGUUGGAUUCGCUGUCGAAAGAGAAAAAUAAAGACAAAGAGUCUACACCACAGGCGUUUGGCAUACCGCUGCAGCAUGUCAUAUCCAACGACCGCAUGAGCAAGCUGCGGCACGAUCACCUGCAGGAGGAGGAGCACGGCAAUCCCAACGAGGUGCUAUCAUACCUCCACCUGUCCUCUGCUUUCAAAAGGGCAAACAAAGAGCUCUCCAGCAGCAACUCGUCCCUAAGCUCUGCUUCUGAGUCGCCUCUGCCCAGCACACCGGUCACCGCUCCGCGGACACGCAGGAGGGGUGGAGUGUCUGUGGAUUGCAUCACCGACCUUGAUGACAACCAGUCUCGGCUCUUGGAGGCUCUCCAGCUGUCUCUGCCAGAUGAGGCGGCUGGCAACAGAAAGAAGCACCACGACAAAAAGCUCAGCCUUAACCCUAUUUACAGGCAGGUGCCAAGGAUAGUGGAUCUCUGCUGCCAGCACCUGGAAAAACAUGGCUUGCAAACGGUGGGAAUCUUCCGCGUUGGGAGUUCCAAGAAAAGAGUACGACAGCUUCGCGAGGAGUUCGACCAGGGCUGGGAGGUACACAUGGACGAGGAGCAAAGCAUCCACGACGUAGCUGCCUUGCUGAAAGAGUUCCUCAGAGACAUGCCAGAUCCACUGCUGACGAGAGAGCUGUACACAGCCUUCAUCAACUCCACGUGGUUGGAUCCUUCAGACCAGCAGAGCGCCAUCCGGCUCCUGAUAUUUCUGCUCCCUCCUUGCAACAGCGACACGCUGCAGCGCCUCCUCGGCCUGUUGUCCACUGUGUGCACACACGCCGAAGACGGCCUGGACAGCGAGGGACAGGAGAUCACAGGGAACAGGAUGACGUCCCUCAAUUUAGCCACCAUCUUCGGCCCCAACCUCUUACGCAAGCAGAAAAACUCCGACAAAGAGUUUGCAGUCCAGAGCUUUGCCCGUGCAGAGGAGAGCACAGCCAUCAUCAGCGUGCUCCGGAAGAUGAUUGACACAUACGACUCCCUGUUUACGGUUCCCGCUGAUCUGCAAAACGAGGUGCUGAUGAGUUUACUUAAAACUGAUCCUGAUGUUAUAAAUUAUUUGCUCCGGAGGAAAGCCUCUCAGUCCACAGAACCGAACCUCCUUCGAUCAGAGAACUCAUUCUCCCUGACUGAGAGAUGCUUAUCCGAUGACUCCCUGAAAGCAUCCAGUGGAGAGGUGUCACCCUACGACAAUAACUCCCCCGUGCUAUCAGAUCGACUGCUCUGUAAAUACCCGGGGGACAACAGUCUAAUCUCAGAGAGCCGUCCCAGACAUUCCAGGCAGUCCAAACUCCGCGGCCAUUCAAAAGAUGGAUCUGGCAGCUCCUCUCCCACCUUCUCCACUGAUAAAGAUCCCUCUUCUGACUGUUUCUGGGACACCUGGCAGGAACUGUUUGGGAAGGAUUUUAUUGGCCAUCAAAUUACUGGCUCUCUCGGAGACACAUCAGAAUGCGACUCGUAUGGAUCAUCGGAGGGACUGAGCAGUCACCAAGGUAACAACAAGCUGCCCAUCAGACCAGCACAAACGUCAUUGGCUAUUUUGGAAUCCCGGCCACACCUCCCAGUGACUCGCAGCUGCAGCGGUCCUCACAGCCGGAGAGAGCCCAGGCAGCCAGAGCCCUCCGUUCAUCUGCCAAUCAGCCAAUCAGGAGCCAUGAAUUCAGACAACAGGACAGGAUGCCCCGUGUUCCCAUUACUUACAGACAGGACAAACAGUUUGUCUUCCCUUCACUGUUCUGGGCCUUUGAGAGAAACUUUUAUUCCCCCCUCUGCAACGUGUGAUUCCAGCCAUCAGCCAAAUCCCCAAACCCCACCGCUGCCCCGGCAGAGCCCUGCUCUCCAGACUGUAAAGGCGACGGAUGACUUGAGGCCCCGGGAGGAAAAGCGCUCUGAUACCUCAAACUUGCAGACAGAGAAGAAGCACGUAUGGCAAAUGUUGUCAAAUGAAAACCCAGAGGCCCUGCCAGAGACCUUGGUGUGAUGGACACAAAUUAAACCGUGGACACGUUUUACAAACGCUUGCUGUGACAUCAUCAGAUCCACGUCAUCUACAAUAACUUGCUUCACAUUUUAUGCAGUCAUAAAAAAAAAACACCUAAUUUUCAGGGAUGUUUUAUUCUUUUUUGGCUUUUAUUUAUUUUUCAUGUGUAAACUUAAUAGAUUCAGAUAUUAUGAGCAACUUAGCCUUAAAAAAUGCAUAUAUAAACUUGAAUGUCAAAACUACACUUGAACAUUUUAUUUCAUCGUUCAUUUAAGGCUCAAUGUGUAUAUAAAUCAUCUUCAAAUUGUAAGAUAGCCUUAUAUUUGUCGUAUUUUUAAUGUUAACAAUGGGUUUUAUUGAAAGCACUCGGAUGAAAAUGAUGCAAUAUGUUACAGUGCAUGUGUUGAUUUUAAUAUUAAAACUUAGAAGAUGAUUGAUUUCACUAUUGUAAUAAAAUUCACCUUUCGGCGCUAAUUUUCCACAUAUAGACUCCCUUUCCUGUAUAUUUUAUACAAUAGAAUAUUUUACAUUGCUUGCAGGGUUAAAUUUAUCAAAAUUGUAUAUUAUUUGUACAUUUACUGCAUUAAAUCAGUUAUAUAUGUGUGCUCUUGGUACAACUUGGCUAACAGAUUGU